AGAAACGUUAAACACGCAAUACGCAGAUGAUACCACCUUUAAUAGGCCAACUUAGCUUCUUCGACUUGUUUUUUUUUUUCUUUUUGUGAUGCCAUCCCCCACUUCUUUAUAAAAUGCCAUCCCACCUAGCCCAUUUCUCUUCAAACAAGGUCUCUCUUCUCUUGUUUUCUUUUGUUUCUCUACGGUUUUGGGAGAGGCUGUGGGCAAUAUCAUCAACAAUGGAGGUGUUCUUCCUCUCCCUGCUCCUCAUCUGUGUGCUCUCAGUCUCCAUCGGACUUCAGUUCCUCUUCUACAAGCACAGAUCCCACUUCACUGGCCCCAACCUCCCCCCUGGCAGGAUUGGUUGGCCUAUGGUUGGUGAAAGCCUUGAAUUCCUCUCCACCGGCUGGAAAGGCCACCCGGAAAAAUUCAUCUUCGAUCGCAUCUCCAAAUACUCCUCUGAAGUCUUCAAGACCUCCCUCCUCGGAGAGCCUGCUGCCGUCUUUGCUGGCGCUGCGGGCAACAAGUUUUUGUUCUCCAACGAAAACAAGCUUGUUCAUGCGUGGUGGCCUAGCUCCGUGGACAAGGUCUUCCCCUCCUCCACCCAAACCUCAUCCAAAGAGGAGGCCAAGAAGAUGAGGAAGUUGCUCCCUCGGUUCCUUAAGCCUGAAGCCUUGCAACGUUACAUCGGCAUCAUGGAUCACAUUGCGCAGAGGCACUUUGCUGAUAGCUGGGACAACAGAGAUGAAGUCAUUGUGUUUCCACUGUCCAAGAGGUUCACUUUCUGGCUAGCUUGCCGCCUCUUUAUGAGCAUAGAAGAUCCUGACCACAUCGCUAAAUUUGAAAAGCCCUUCCAUGUCUUGGCCUCAGGACUCAUCACCGUCCCGAUUGACUUGCCUGGGACACCUUUCCACCGCGCUAUCAAGGCCUCCAACUUCAUCAGAAAGGAGCUUAGAGCCAUCAUCAAGCAAAGGAAGAUCGAUCUGGCCGAGGGAAAAGCCUCACCAACUCAAGAUAUAUUGUCCGACCUGCUUCUGGCCACAGAUGAAGAUGGACGCCACAUGAACGAAAUUAAUAUUGCUGAUAAAAUCCUUGGCUUGUUGAUUGGUGGCCAUGAUACGGCCAGUUCUGCCAUUACAUUCAUUGUUAAGUACAUGGCUGAGCUGCCUCAUAUGUACGAGAAAGUCUACGAAGAGCAAAUGGAAAUUGCCAAUUCAAAAGCACCAGGUGAAUUAUUGAACUGGGAUGAUGUUCAAAAGAUGAGAUAUUCAUGGAAUGUUGCUUGUGAAGUGAUGAGACUUGCACCCCCACUCCAAGGAGCUUUCCGAGAAGCAAUCACUGACUUCGUGUUCAAUGGUUUCUCCAUUCCUAAGGGUUGGAAGUUGUACUGGAGCACAAGCUCAACCCACAAAAGCCCAAAAUGCUUCCCUGAACCUGAAAAAUUUGACCCUACAAGAUUUGAAGGAGCUGGGCCUGCUCCUUACACAUUCGUUCCCUUUGGUGGUGGACCUAGGAUGUGCCCUGGUAAAGAGUACGCCCGCUUGGAAAUACUUGUCUUCAUGCAUAACGUGGUUAAAAGGUUCAAAUGGGAUAAAUUGCUUCCUGAUGAGAAGAUAAUAAUUGACCCCAUGCGCAUGCCUGCUAAGGGACUUCCAGUUCGCCUCCGUCUUCACAAACCAUAAUUCUAUUUGGUCAACAAUCACCCCACUUUCCAAAUUUAUCUACCAUAGCCUUGUACUUGGUUUUUUCUUUUAUUUGUUUUUGUUGUCACUAGUUGAGUCAUUCACAUGUGCACCUUCAAUGCUACUUUAAUUGGGUUAUCAAAGACAUGGAUGCAAAAUGAAUAUAUAUGUAUAAGAAAAUAGUAUUUAGGCAACCACUGUAUCCAGAUGGCUAGCUAAUCAUGUGAUGUGUAUGUAUAACUACUAGACCAAUUGCAUUUAUCUCAAUCACGGAUGUUGUCACA